AUUGGCGUAAUGUGGGGCAGGGCUUUUAAAGACUGCCAACCAUGACAAGAAAAAUAAUUGUAUCUGACGGCUGCGAUUUGCGGCUGCGCGAUGGACGGCAUCCGUAUGCUCUUGCCAGCGUGGCAUUAUCGACGGCGUCCAUUCGCUCCUACUAGGAGUCCUUGUAGAGGAGGAUUGCGAAUUUUCUUCCUCCUCGUUCUUGCAGCCGCGCUUGCGCCAUCGCGAUUGGAAAGGGCGAGCUUCAGGAGGUUGUACUGUGGAGUGUGGAGCUUAUACUAGUGUAAGAAAGAUAAAAGAGGGAGCUCACGAGGAGAAUGUGAAUUAAAGUAGCAUCGUCUUGUGACUGAUGGGGAAGUCACACACUUGGUGGUGGGAUAGUCAUAUCAGUCCAAAGAAUUCCAAAUGGCUCGAGGACAAUCUCCAAGAUAUGGAUGCCAAGGUGAAAGAAAUGCUCAAACUUAUCGAGGAAGACGCAGAUUCUUUUGCCAAGCGGGCCGAGAUGUACUAUCAAAAGAGGCCAGAACUCGUCGGGUUGGUUGAGGCAUUUUACAGAUCGUACAGGUCUCUCGCUGAGCGGUACGACCAACUUACUGGUGAGCUGCGAGAAAGUAUGCCAGAGAUGAAUUCCCCGUUUGGAAAGAGACUCACCUUCAAGAAGAAGUCCAAGCCGGGGGAGAGUCCGAAAGAGUCGAAGAAGUCCGAGAAGAAGAAAGAAAAGAAUAAAAAGGAUGCAGAGUCUGACUCUAGUAGCUCUUCAAGCUCUGACGACGACAACUCGGACGAUGAUUCAAGGCAGCACAAGAUGUUGUUCAGCUUGCAGCAAGAAAACAAGCAGCUUAAGGAACAGCUGGGCUCAACCGAUUGGAAGAGAAAGGUUGAGGAUCUCGAAGAGGAGCUCAAACAGGUGACAGGCCGGAACAGUGUGUUACUGAGCCAAGUUGUGCCUCCUGAGGAGCUGAAAGGUCUCCAAGAGGAAGUCACCUCUUUGCAAACGGAGCGGACCUCUUUAAAAGACGAGAUGACCAAACUGUCGACCGAGAACAAAGGCUUGAUUGAUCAACUACGCAAAGCAAACGAGGAGAUCAGCGUGUUUCUGGGAGAGAUGGAGAUGGAUCACUCGGCCAAGGAUGACGGUGCAGCAGCAAAGAAUUUAUCUUUGCAUGAGAUGAUCAAGGAGCUACAGCAAGAGUGCUCACGACUGCAGGUGGACAGUCAGAGGAGUAGCGAGAUACAAAAGACUCUUAAGGCGGGAGUUCAGAAACUCGAGCAAGAACAAGAAAGUCUGGCUGCAGAAGUUUCUCAGAAGACGAGUGAGCUGCAAGCUGCCGAAGAGAUAGUAUCCAAGCUUACGAGGGAAAAGACGGAACUUCACGACAGGCAUUUGACGCUGGAAGAUCAACUCAACACACACUCGAACGAAAACAGGGAACUCAGGGAGCUGCAUGUGAGUCUGUCGGCUGAACAUCAAAACAUGCUCACUGAAAAAGAGAACGAUAUUCAGACACUCAAAGGCGAGAUAACUUCUGGUGCCGAGCGCGUCAGAGAACUUCAAGAACAGAUUGGUGCUCUCGAGAAAGAUAAGUCGGAGCUUCAAGCCAAAGUUGAAGCACAUGCAGCUGAGGUUGGCAGCCUGAAAGAAGAAGUCAUCUCCUUGGAAGAAGAAAUCAGGAACCUCAGAAGUAUUAUUUCAGCUAGCGAGUUGCAAGCCAAAGAGCAAGAAGAAGCUGUCAAAAAGCUGCACUCGAAGGUGUUCGACCUCGUCCGAAGGCUUGAAGAUCAUGGAGUGGAUUCGGAGACGGAUAUUUGGCUGUGGGUUCAGAAACUCGAAGAAGGCAUUUCCCGCCUCGAUGCAGCAAAAACUGAGUCUCAGAGCCAGCUUGCCAUUCAUGCUGAACACUUAAGUUCGUUGGAGCGCGAGAUGUCCGAUCUUCAGAGUCAGAAGCAACAAGAGUUGACCGAAGCGCAAGCGAAAAUCAACGAGCUGAAAUCCGAGUGCCAGAAACAUGGGGAGGAGGCUCUCUCUGUAGGAGAGCGUGUCAAGGUUCUUACGGAGACGCUUGCAACUCUGCAGGCCACUCACUCGAACCUUCAGACGGAACUCUCAGAGGUAACAGAAGCCAAAAAGCUGGCAGAGAAGAACAUUUUGGAUCUCCAAGCCAUGAAAGAGUCCAGCGAUUCCGAAGCGAAGGCAGCACUCAAGCAGCUGGAAGAAAGCCUUGCAUCGGCUACUGAACAGCACAGGAUACUGCAAGAAAACCUCGAUGGACUCAAGGUCACGAUGCAGGAGAAAGAAGAUCAGAUCGGUCGCCUUGAGCAAGAGAAAUCAGAACUGGAGGCAAAAGUAGCAUUCCAUGGAACCGAGAUAGAGAACCUCCGGGAACUUAACAGAAGUUCAGAGGAACAGCUGUCGAGCAAGACAGAUUACUCCACCAACUUGGAAGUGGAGCUGUCGGCUUUGCGAACAGAGAAAGCAAGUCUCGUGAGCCAGUUUGAGGAGGAAGGACAGAAAUCGAUGUCACUGGAUUCCGAGGUUCAGCGCUUGAAGUCCGAGCUUGCUGCUGUACAAGGGCAGCAUGCUGAACUCAGCUCGACUCACCAAAGAGGAAUUGAUGAAGCUUUUGUUCUCGGUGCAAGCAUGAAGACACUGACAGAAAAGCAUCAGGAUUUGCAAGGCAAGCACGAGAAACUCCAGGCCGAAGUUUCAGCAGCAACCGAGCUUUGUCGGAAGCUGGAGACAGAGAUUGCAAAUACAAAGGAAGAGAAGGAGAAGGUAGCAGCAGAGCUCCAGAGUAGCAUGGAAAAGCUGCGCGAGCUUUCACUGGAGCUUCAAAAACGGGAAGAAGUAAUCACGUCCCUGAAAGCCACAAUAUCCGACAAGGAGGGUGAGGUUGAAAAGAUAGUUAAGGAUCUCGAAGCAUGCAAGGAACAAAUCUCGACGUUAGAACAAAAGCUUGUCGUUUCUGAGAAAGCCAGGGAGGCAUUAGAAGCACAUGCGCAGAAGCUUCAGUCUGAGAAGGAAGAAAUGAACGGACAGCAUCGGCAACUUAACACGGACAACGAGCAGGCGAAGUCCGAAUUGGUGACAUCCAAAAACGAGUCUGAGAGGCUUCGUGUGAUCUGGUCGCAAGAAAAAGAAGAGCUCCAGGAAAGGAUGGGCAAAGUUACCAGUGAACUGGAGGAGGUGAAAAGACUCAAGGAUGAAGCCCAGGCGUUGCUGGAUGAGAAUUCCCAGCUGCACAAGACGAGGGAGCUCGAGAUGGAAAGUUUAAAGCACACCAGGUCUCGAGAAACUUUCAGCUUGUAUAAGUUUCUCUUUGGAGAUGACGACGAUCAGCCUGAAGAACGGGAUGUAAGCCAUGACGAGGUGGCGAAGAAAGCGAUCGAACUGCAGUCGAAGUACUCGGAGCUGAAGACACGAGAAGUGUCCUUGAAGAGCGACAUUAUAGAAGGAAACAUCCGAAUUCAGCAACUCGAAGAAGAAAUCGUCACGCUGAAGGGAGAAAAGGAACUUCUUGAUGAAGAGUUGAAGAAAAGCACGACGAUGCAGGAUAAACUCACUUCUGACUGUGAGCAGCAAACGAAGAGCCUGAACUCGGUGAACGAAGAGCUGGAGAAAUUCAAAGAGAUGCGAUCCAGAGAGAUUCUCAGGCUGCUUUCGUCACUUGGUGUGGAAAACGGGGAAGGCUCCUACGACGAUGUCGAAAAACACCUGGCAACGUUCCAAACAAGCCAUGCAGACUUGAAAGAGAGGGAGCUACAGCUGCAAAGCAAGCUAGCUGCAAAGACGACCCGUCUUCAGGAGCUCGAGGAGCAUGGAACAUGCUUACAGAACGAAAUUCUUGAUGGAAAGACUCGCAUUCAACAGCUCGAGGAGGAGAUUGAGAAGCUGAAGCAAGAAAAGAGCUCCCUCGAUGAAGAAUACCAAAAGAGUACCGGACUGCACACAAACCUGGUAUCUGACUUCGAGAGACAAACAGAAAAUCUGAACUCGGUGACGAAAGAGUUUGAUAUGCUCAAGGAGACCAGAUCGAAAGAGAUGUUCAAUCUGCUAGCGUUUUUCGGGCUGGAAAAGGAGAAAACAGCUGAUCAGUCACGAGAACUUACUCACGACGUUAUCGAGAGGCAUGUGACGGACCUGCAAACCAGCCACCAAGAGCUAAAAAAACGGGAGCUACAGCUGCAGGACGAAAUGUCUACGAGCAAUGCCCGUAUCCAAGAACUUGUCGAAGAGACUGGCAAAAUCAAACAGGAGAAGAGUGGCCUCCAAGAAGAGUAUCAGAGGACUGUCGAGAAUGAGACGAAGAAAGCAGCAGAGUACGAACGCAGAAUCCAAGAGCUGGAAGUUUUGGUCAGUGAGUCCGAGAAGAAGCAGCGACAACUAUCUGCAGAGCUCCAGAAGGUUACCGAAGAGCACGGGGAUGUCUCUGGAAAUCUAAAAAAGGUGAUUGCGGAGCUGACCUGCCUGCAAAAGGAGCACGAACAGCUUCAGGCGGGGAAGAAGCAAACAGAUUCGGACUUGGAAAAAACUAAGGUGGACUUGCAAAGUAGCCAACUGGAGCUGGAGAGACGAGAGCGGCAGCUACAGGACGAACUUUCUGCUAGCAAUGCUCGUCUCCAGGAACUUGUGGAAGAGAUUGGCAAGCUCAAACAAGACAAGAGCGAUCUGCAUGAGGAGCUUCAGAGGAGUAUUGAGAAGGAGGCGAAGCAAACCGUUGAUUACGAACGUAAACUUCAAGAGCUGGAAGCGACUGUCAAGGAGUCUGAGGAAAAUUGCCAGAAGCUAACAGCAGAGUCUCAGAAGGUUACUGAAGAGCAUGCGAGUGUCUCUGCAAACGUGCAAAAGCUCGAUGCAGAGCUGGCGGGCUUGCAAAAGGAGCACGAACAGCUUCAGGCGGAGAAGAAGAUGGCAGAGUCGGACUUGGAGAAUACUAAGGUAGCUUUGCAAGCUAGUCAACUGGAGCUGGAGAAACGACAGCGGGAGCUGGAGGACGACCUUUCUGCUAGUAAUGCUCGACUCCAGGAAGCCAUGGGAGAGAUCGGGCAGCUCAAACAGGAAAAAUGUGACCUGCAUGAAGAGCAUCAAAGGAGUGUUGAGAAUGAGGCGAAGAAAACAGCUGAUUACGACCGUAAAAUUCAAGAGCUGGAAGUCACGGUCAAGGAUUUCGAAGAAAGGUGCCAGAAACUAGCCGCAGAUUUACAGAAGGCUAAUGAAGAGCAUGCGAGUGUCUCUGCAAGCAUGGAGAAGCUCAAUGCGGAGCUAACAUCCUUGCAAAAGGAACACGAACAGCUUCAAGCCGGGAAGAAAAACGUGGAGUCGGACUUGGUGGAUACCAAGUCUGAAUUGGAGCAGACUCGCCUCAGGGCACAACAAGAGAAGGAAGAGUUUAAAGCAAAGUUGAGCCGAAGCGCCUGUGAUCUGGAAGAGAUGAAGCAGCUGAAGGAGAAGACACAGGCUUUACUGGAUGAAAAAGCCGAGGUGCACGAGACGAGAGAGCUUGAGUUUGAGAGCUUCAAACAAGCUAAGUCGCGCGAGUCUUUCAGCCUGUUCAAGUAUUUGUUUGGAGCGGAUGAUAGCCCGCCUGAGGAGCGAGAUGUGACUCAUGACGAGGUGGAGAAAAAAGCCAUGGAACUACAGUCGAAGUACGGGGAGCUCAAAGAACGGGAAGCCUGCUUAAGUAGUGACUUAGAGCGUCGAGGCGCACGUAUCCAGCAACUCGAAGACGAGAUUGAUAAGCUGAAGCAAGAGAAGGAUUCCUUGAACAAGGAGGUAAAGAAGGCAAGCAUGCUCCACGCAGAGCUGGCCUCUCACUUGAAGGAGCGGGAGGAGAACCUGACCGUGAUGACAAGAGAUUACGAAGCAUUCAAGGAGACCAGAUCAAAAGAGAUCUGGAAGCUGCUUACGUUCUUUGGGAUGGAGAAGCCUGAAGAGCAGCAGGAAACACGGGCGCCGCUUGGACAGGAUGUUGUUGAAAAGCAUGUGGCGGACUUGCAAGCAAACCAUAGAGCGCUAAAAGAACAGGAGCUACAACUGCAAAGCGAGAUAUCAAACAAGGAUGCUCAGCUUCGAGAGCUUGAGGAACAGAUCGCCAAACUCAAGUCCGAAAAAGACGAACUCGUUGCAAUGGACGCCAGAAAGACGAGCGAGAGCGAGCAGAGAAUUGGUGGCCUCCAGCUAGAGAUUGCCGGGCUUAAAGACAAGAACGAAAAGCUGGAUGCGGAGUAUCAAAGAGUAAAGGAGGAGCACCAUCAGGUCUCUACGAGCAUCGUCAAGCUCAACGACGAGCUGGCCUGCUUGCAAAAAGAAAAGGACGUGUUGGAGAAGGACAUGUCCACUGAGGUGCAAAAGCUGGAGGAUGAAAAGGCGGGUGUCAAGAAUCAGCUGGACACGAAGGUGACGGAAUUCGAAGAGGUCGUCCGAACACUUCACACGGAGAACAAGGACCUGGGAGAUAAACUAGCCGCGGAGGUGGAGGGAGUUCACGCAAUGCAGGACAAGCUGGCGGCGCUAGAAAACGAGAACCAGACCCUGCUGGAGGAAUCCAACAAGGUACGUGAUUUACAGCAGGAGCUUGCUUCUGUGCAGGAGGAGAACCGGAUGCUCAAGUUCGAGCUGUCCAAGCGGGACAUCUUAAUCAAGAGGCUGGAAGGAGACUUUAUCAAGCUGCGGGACGACAAGGCCGAGGUCACAGAGCAGCUGAAAACCGCCACCGAGCAGCUCAACCGGAUGCAUGCCGAGUUACUGGAGCUCCGUGAAGAGGACAAGAGGCUACGCAGCAAGCUCGAGUCCAUGGCAGAGAAGGUGCAAGGAUUGGAAGAGAAGAUCUCGGUGCUGGAGCAGGAGAACAGGAACUUGGUGGAGGAAGUGGAGGCAGGGAACAAGCAGAACAAGACGCUGGUGACAGUGCUCAUGUUCCUGCGAGCCGAGGUUUCAAGCAUCACGCAGAGGACAAAGGCGCUGGGCCGGGACGUGAGCGAGAGCGAGCAGGCGCUCAAGGCCAAGGACGACGCACUGGUAAAGCUUCAGGGCGAGAUGAAAGCUCUCCAAGCGGAGAGGCAGCGGAUGUCCCUCGCAAACUCGCAGCUGUCAAGCAAGGUGGUGGCUCUCGAGCAAGAGAACAAGCUCCAGAGCUCGGAGAUGGCCGAGGAGAAGAGAGCGGCGAUCCGGCAGCUGUGCUUCUCGCUCAGCUGCAUGAGGGAGCACAACGAGAGGCUGGAGCACUCGCUCAAGAACGUGAGGGUGAGGUACAGGCCCAAGCCGCCAACGCCAGCAUCGACAUGGAAGAGCUUCUGGAAUCCGUGGUACAACAAUAACAAUAACAGGAAUGCUCUCACUGGUGCUACGGGAUCCUCGAGUGACACUACUCCUACAGCCGCUGCCACUGCCACUACUACUGCUGCUGCGUGAGUAUAUAGGAGUGGUUCUAUCUUGUGCAUUUUUGUGUGUACUGUAAUAUUUUUGCGAGAUAAAUAAUGCGAUCAUUUUGCGACGA